AUGAAUUUAUACUUUAAUUUAUGUUUAUUAUUAUUAUUAUUUAUAUAUAUACAACAAUGUAAUUCAAAUUCAAUAAAAGUUAAUUUACAUUCAAAGAGUAGUAGUAGUAGUCAAAAAAGAAGAAAUCUAUUCUAUUAUACAGAUUCCAAUAUCGAUGAUAUUAUUACAUUGCAAUCGAUUGUUGCAGAGGGUAGUACAUUCAAUCUAUUGGGUAUAUGUGUAAGUGGUACGGGAUUCUCAGAUGUAGCGGUCGGUGCCAAUUCAGUUCUGAGAGUGUUGUCAUUCAUGGCCAAGUCGGACAGUGCUUCAUUUUCACACCUCCUAACGAUACCGGUUGCACUCGGUCGUCAACUCCCACUGGAUUCACCUGUCAACUUGGAUAUCAGUGUUCUGAAUACAACGUUCAGUAACAGUUCAAUCUCAGUACGUGGACCUGCGGAAUCACUUUGGAAUACCAAAGAUAAAUACUUUCCAGAGUCAGCGGAUCUGCCGCAACCCAGUAACAUGAAUUGUACACAACUCUAUCAUUCGAUUAAUGAGCUGGUUUCCAAUCGUAAUGAGACCAUUGAUAUUCUAAUAACAUCGCCUCUUACCGAUCUGGCAGAUUUGCUUAUCAAUAGCGAUAGCAGUGUUAUCGAUUCCAUCGGGAUGGUGUCGGCAAUGGCCGGACUAUUAAAAGCUCCGGCCAACAUUUUCACUUUUCGUAAUAAUACGGUUGCGGAAUUCAAUGUAUUUCUCGAUGUCAAAGCAUUUCGCCUUGUGAAUCAGCUGGUCGGUUCAAAGCUGUUGCUUACUACGCUCGAUGCUACCGAUACCAAUCCAAUCACCAGAGAGUUCUACUAUGGUGUUCUGAACAGACCGUUCACUCUGUCCGGUCUUUGGUUACAGGCAUUGUUUGAAUCGGUCAAAGAUACGCUAACCGAUCCGAUAUUCUUCAACGAUGCACAUAUCUAUGGUAAAGGUUUCUACAUUUGGGAUUUCGAGAGUUAUCGUGUGCUUCGCAAUGGUCGAUGUGACAAUGAAAUAGUUGCAUCGAUUGCAAUCAACGAUACGAAUCCACCUAAUAACCCGAAUGGUCAAGUAACAAUCCUCAGCAACAACAGCGAAUCAUUGCCAAAAGUUAGAAUUUUGUUCCUAACGGCAAGUUGGGCAUACAAUGUGGAAAAUAAAUUUGAAAGAGAAUCAACAGGUCAUAAAUUUGAUAUCUAUAUCUCAAAUAAAAUGCAAAAAUAUUGGAAAAUUUUAGGUUGUCCUAACUGCGAAUAUAGGUACCUAGAUUCAGAUAAAAAUGAAGAUGAUGAUGAGGAUUACCAAUUGUAUUUCGAUGAUUCUGGAUUCGAAGACUCGGAAUUUGAAGAUGAUAAUGACAACAAUGAAGAAUCAGCUGUCUCAAUGGAUUUCAAAUCAAAUAAUAAUAAUAAUAAUAAAUAA